GCGUGCGCACGAGGAGCCAGCUCCGAGCUUCCGUUCGCGCAUCUGCACGAGGUGGGAGCGACAUGGACAACUCGGCUGCGACCCAGCCGUCCUCCUCAACCGCGGCCUCAGCCACGACUCCAGCGACCCCGGCCGCCCUGGAGCAGCUGGACACAGAGCAGAUUAAAAAGGCAGUGGACGCUCUGUUGGCGCAUUCCAGGUCCAGGAAAAACACGAAUGGAUUGCUUUUGAAUGAAAAUGAAAAUUUCUUUUUAAUGGUGGUGGUAUGGAAGAUUCCAAGUAAAGAACUCAGGGUCAAAUUGGCCUUGCCCCAUGGUAUUCGAUCAGAUUUAGCAGACAUCUGUUUAUUUACCAAGGACGAACCCAAUGUAACUCCUGAAAAGACAGAAAAUUUUUAUAAAAAGCUUUUGAACAAGCAUGGAAUUAAAACCAUUUCUCAGAUUAUCCCCCUCCGGACUUUAAAAAAGGAAUAUAAAGCCUACGAAGCCAAGCUGCGCCUCCUGGGCAGCUUCGACCUGUUCCUCACUGACGCGCGAAUCAGGCGGCUGCUGCCCUCCCACCUAGGGAGACAUUUCUAUAACAGGAAGAAAGUUCCAAUCCCUGUGAAUCUUCUGGCCAAGAAUUUAUCCAGAGAGAUCAACGCGUCUGUAGGUGGCACUGUCCUAAACAUCUCCAAGAGUGGUUCUUGCAGUACUAUCCGCGUCGGUCACACUGGAAUGGAGGUUCAGCACAUCGUGGAAAACAUUGUUGCUGUCACGAAACGGCUUUCACAGAAAUUGCCAGAGAAGUGGGAGAGUGUGAAACUCUUGUACGUGAAAACUGAGAAAUCGGUCGCCCUUCCCAUCUUCUCUUCAUUUGUCAGCAGUCAGGAUGAAGCCAAAGGCGUGUGCACUCCUAGUCAGAAGAAAAAAGAAGCAAAGAAAAAACAAAAAAGAAGAGAAUAUUUUGACAAACAAACGGCGAAGAAAAGAAACAAGGGGCCCACGAGAUGGGCUGAGAAGAAGGCUAAAGCCGUCCCAGCUACAGAGCAGGCUGCCCCUGCCACCGGUGUUCCAGCGAAGGGUCCUGCACUCCAGAAGGCGGAGACCCCAGAGCAUGAGAAGACAGAGGCCAGCGGAGGAAGAGCCCAAGUUAAAGUGCAGGACGAGUCUGAAGAUGAAAUUCCAGUGCUGGUACCACUGGGGAAAACUCCCGCGAAAGAAAACGUGGAGAUACAAAAGCAUGCCACAGGAAAGAAGUCUCCAAAACAGAGUCCUGGCCCCAAAACACCUCGUGGGAAGAAGAGAAAGGCCGUCCCAGCUUCGGAGCCCCCGAAAGCUGCAGAGCCCGAGACCCCAGGUAAAGGCCCAGGGAAGAAGCCAAGAGUCAAAGAAGAGCUGGAGAAAGAAAGGAAUUCCUCACUGGGGAAGAAAGACCCAAGGCAGACUCCCAAAAAGCCAGAGGCCAAGUUCUUCACGACUGCUGGUAAAUCUGCCAGAAAAGCUUCCCACACCCCCAAACAGUGGCCAAAAAAACCCAGGGUGCCCCAGUCGACCGAAAUCAGUGACUCAGCCGGAAGGAAGCCUCGGAGAUCCCGAAGAGCUGUUGGCCCCCGUUGCAGCCUUCUCCAAGAGCGAGGCCUAGACUUAAAGAUUUUGAGAACCCCCACAAGUAAUUCUGGUCUAUGUUCAUGGGCGUCAGAAACAGUCGCUUGAAGUCAAUCCACUUUUUUUUAUUGCUCUUCUGUGUAUCUGCUAAUGUAAUAGCGGGAAAAUACCGUGCUUCUCUGUGGUGGUGUUUUUAUUAUUAAAGUGUGACCUUUGCUCUCAGUGUGCUAUAGGCAUUCCAUGUCUCGUUGGUUUUACUCCAAUGCCUGUGAUGUGGCCCUUUUCCUCCCCUGCUUUAUGCCAUGUAUUCACAGACUCCAUUACAGGAGUUUGUGCAGACGCUUCCAGAGCUGGUCUGCAGGCCACUGAUGGGCCCGCUGCAUGUGAAUCAGCCGUGGAACUUAGGAGAAACGUGGGCUUCUUGGCAUUCCUGCUGAGAUGGUGUAUCUCGGUGGGUCUUGGAAAAGACCCUGGAAUCAAAAUCAAAAUAAUUGAUUCCAGGGCCCAGGUGGUGGUUGGCCAAGGUUGUCAGUCACUGAGUUAGCGCACGUUUGGUGAGGGGAUUCCCAUGGAGUCGUUUAUAGAGGCGCCGCAAAGAACCCUGCGUGCUAGGGGCAAGUAAGCAUUAUCUUCCCGAAGGCUUCCACCUUCCAGCUCCCUCCUCACCCCAAACAGCUUUCCUCUAGGAAGGAGAGCUUGGAGGGCAGACCGUUAAACUUCGGGUGAUUGUCAGAUAUUUCUGAGGCAGUAAAUGAUUUCCCAGAUCCUAGGCUUUUCACUGGAUCUGAGUUGGGGUACACAUCUCUAGCAGGAAGUGAUGGAUUCACUGUAAUACAGGAAAGGCCAAAGUGAGGCGUGCUUGCAGAGAUCACGUGGUCCAGAAGCAUCGUGACGACAGGAAUAAAAGAUUGAGGUGGUUCUCCAGCAAGUCCUGGGGUCACUUCGGCAUUGAGACAGCUUUUGCUUUUUAGCAGCACAAACUAAUGUUAACUGUUAUAUCAUGAAAGCCGCUCAAGUGCAAAAUAAUUUGCAUUUCCACUGUCUUUUUAGGCUUAAUUGACUUGUUUUCCAUAGAACCCAGGUUCCACGGGAAGGUGGGCUGAGAGACUUGCUUCACUUUGUUCCAAGGUGAACAUUCACGUCUCCUGUCUUGCGUGGGGCCGACUGCUGUACAGAGUCAUGUGCUCUGUUCUUAACACGACGAGUUCCUGGGGACCGAAUGGCUUUUUAAUCCCGCCCUCUAGCCAGAUAAAGAUUUUGCAACGCCAAGUGAUUCUUUGAGCUGUUGCAUACGGUGCGGAUGUCUACCUUCCUGUUCUAAUUCUCAGUGUUCUCUACUUUGCAAAAACGUUUAAGUUUCUUGAGAAGAAUGGUAGUUUUUUGACAAUGGAAGGCCACACUUGAGGAAUUGGUGAUUCUUAUGAAUCGCAACGGAAAAGUCCAAAUCAUGGUGCUAGAUUUCCAAGGCUAACGAGUAUAGGGGACAGCUGAGUGGUGGCAGAAGGGCCGUGAGCCAGUAGUGGUCCACCCAGGGCCCGGAGGGGCACUGGGAAUCUGCAGUAGAUGACACUCUUGUAGGUGAAGAGGUCUAGAACGCGGCUGAUGUUUCGUUGGAAGUCAGAGCUGGGCUUCUGGAUCCAUCCUCCAUACUAUUGAGAUUUAGUGGAGAAAACCAGGUCUGGUGGGAGAAGUCUGUGACGUUUUUGUUUUGAAGAAAUGUUUGAAUAUUAGUUAAUUUGUUUUUUAGGAACUGUAAUGAGCAUGAAAAUUUUAAUGUCUUUAAAUGCCUUGAAUGUAUUUAAGACAGUUCAGUGUUUAAUAAAGGUCACGUUGUAUUUCAUA